AUGCUCGCCGGGGCUUCUUCACCGGUGGUUAAUGGCGCACCAGGCCCAGUAUCUGUAAAUGGUAAUGGGCAACGCAGUGGUGGCCAACGUUCAUGGGUUAAUCUUUUUCGCGGUGGGAAGGUGCGCGAGGAUGCAGGUUCUCUGCCCUUCUUUGUGCCAGCAGUAGUUAAUGGCAGAAGAGUCGCUUUUUGUCCUCCUGAAGAGUUAGAGGAAGAGAAGGAUAAAUGGGAUGCAGCGUUAAUUGGAUAUGUCUUCGGCCCUAGGCCAUUGUUUACUGCCAUGCAACGCUUUGUGAAGGAGAAGUCGGGGCACGUUGGUGGUGGCGAGGUUUUUGGUUUAGAGAGUGGUAUAUUUGUGUUUGAUUUUCAAGGAAGUGAUCUUAGUCGCCAGAUAUUGGAUGAAGGCCCUUGGACCCUUGGUAUCCGUCCACUGAUCUUGCGGCCUUGGUCGCCGGAGAUUUCGCUGACUAAGAAGGAAGAGUCUGAGUUGCCCCUAUGGGUUCGCCUAUAUGGUCUCAACUUACAUUACUGGGGGGAACGUUCAUUGGGGCAAAUCGCCAGCGUUCUUGGCCGCCCAAUUUGCGUUGAUCGGAGAACAUCUCAGAGGGAGCGGCUCUCCUUUGCUCGGCUUUGUGUUUCAAUUAAGGCCUCUGAUGGUCUCCCAACCACUAUUUUGCUUACACAAUUAUAUGGUUCCUUAGUUGAACAAUCUGUUCAUUAUGAUUGGACUCCUCCUCUUUGCAGUGUGUGCAAAGUAUUUGGACAUAUUGAUAAUGCUUGCCCUGUUGCUGCUAUUAACAAUACUGAAGGGAGUGGUGAGUCUCAGCCUGAGGCAAUGCAGGUUGAAGAUGGCUGGAAGUGA